AUGCUGGACACUAUCGUCCCCGCUGUGCAGGAGCUGGGCAGGCAGGUGCUGCCCACACUGCCCUUGCUGAGCCAGGAGGAGGUUUCUAUGAUCUGGGAGUAUGUUUCCGAGUUUGUGGAACGGCAGCUCACCUUGCACAAGGGGGUUCAGAUUUUUGGACUUGGAAUUUUCACUUUCACAAGACAAAAGCUUGAGAUGGGAAAUAAGAUAAUUGUGCUCCAGAGGCCUGUGUUUAUCAUGGCAGAGAAGUUACUACAGUUGCAUGGACUCAAACAGAACAAAGUGUAUUCACCUGGUGACAUUCCAGUGGUUCCACUUAAUUUUGUUAUGAUCUCUCUGGAGUGUCCAUUCACCAGGGACACGGUGGAAGGGUGUGUUAAGGAGACAUUGCUUUUCCUCUCACGAUCCAUUUCCACUAAGCAGACUGUGGAGUUCACAUUCAAGGGGAUUGGGGUGCUCAUGAUCAAGAAUAGCAAGGUGAAGAUGAAAUUUUCUAAGGACUUCCUGUGUACGAUGGAUGGGAGUGGGACUUUGACGAAAGCCCUAGCAAAUAGGCCUGGCACCAUGGACUCUGUAUUGUCCAGCAGAGAGGGCCACAGGAGAAGGCCCAGCAGUGUGCUUACAUUUCCAAGGAUUGAGCACAAAGACAAAGAGGGCAAACCACCCAUGGAGACCAUUGUAGAAGGUGAAGAGCAGUACAAAAGGAAGAGCAGGCUGGAAGACCAGCAAGACAAAGAAGGCAUCAAAGAGAUCUUAUCACCCAGGAAACUUCGAGAUAGACAAACUGCCUCCCCUACCAAAGUGACAAGUGUCAGCUUGCUGGACAAGUUGGAGCCAAGUGGGAGUGGUGGAAUGAAUGUGACCCCCGAAAAAGUAUUGUCUCCAGUUAGUCUGAAAAAUGACAGUAUGAAACUCAGAACAUCUCCAGUCUCAGCUUGCCAAGAUCAUAAAAAAGCAGGACAGGAAAUGUGCUAUGUAUGUUUGCAACGAGCACAGCGGAAUUUCCCUUUGUACUUUGGUGAGGAGAAGAGGAGGAGAGAGCUAGAAGAUGAGCAACUCAUGCAGCAGUACCAGGCGCUGAAAGACCAGGAGGCUUUCUACCAGUGCCAGAUGAAAAGUCUGGCUGCUAGAGAACAGAAUCAGAAAAAUGCUGCCUAUAAUCUUGGAGUUGCUGAAGCUAUAAGAAAUCACAAGAAUGAGAAACCUGAAUUUUAUAAAUCCUUCCUAUUUGAUAAACGGCCCCUUAGUUCUGAGAUUAAUGCUAUUAGGCAAGAAGAAUAUUCCCAAGCUCUCCUGAAACAAAUGGAAAAAAGACGGGAAAAGGAAAUAAAACAAAGACAAAACAGAGAGGUGAUGGACCGCCUAGAACAAGUUCAACUCACAGAGGAACUUGCUAAACAAAGAGCCAAAUAUUUAAAAGACAAGAUGGAAGAAACACAGUGCUACAAGAGAGCUUUGGAUGCACAGGUAAAAAACAAACCCUCCCAGUUGCCUAUGUUUGAGCCAGACUCCUUUGAGCCCAUUUUUGGUAAGGAAGACAUUGACCACCUUAUAGAAAGGCGAAUGAAAGAACAGAACUGCAUGAAGCACCAGCUGGAAGCAGCUUCUAUACACAAGAAGAACAUCAUCCUGAACCAGCUGAUGGAGCAGAGGCGGGAUCUGGAGAUGCUUCAGAGGACACACAGAGAACGUUUGGCAGACAGAGCUGCUGAAUUGGAGCAAGUGAACAGAAUUAACCAAUGCCUGCAGGAGGACUGGGACAGAAACGCCGCCAGGAAGAAGCAGCGGGACCUGGAGGAAAGGGCUUUUGAGAGGGCUUCCAACAAGCUAUUCCUGUUGGAUCAGUGUGAGAAGUAUCCACGCUGUAUGCGGUGCCAGAGGCGUACCUCCAACAUGGGCGAGAGCAAUGUGUGGCCCGAGAGCAAAUUCAUCCACGGCUCUCGAUUGCUUGUAUAG